AUGGCCAAAGAAGCAACAACAGAUUCAGAUAAAAAAUCCAAAUCAGCCACAACAACUGGUGAGAGUGAUAGUGCAAGUGAGGGGGAUAAAGAUAGAAAGAAGAAAAAAGAGGAUCCCAGCAGUUCUGGUAGCGACACAACUAGCAAGAAAAAGACCGACUCCCCAAAGAAAGAUCACGAUGUGAAGAAAGGGGCUGACAAGCUGAUGAAGAAGCCGAUACCGAAAGCGAAAGCGGAAGACAAAGCAAAGAGCGAUAGUGAAGUGGACAAAAAGAAACCCGCCGGAGAUGCUGAUAGGAAGAAGAAAGGGGAGCAAAAAGAUAAAAAGAGAGAUGAUGAUAAAAAGAAGAGGCCGAAGAGCGCGAGCACAGCCCCCGGUGAAAUAACGAGGGUGGCCAUUAUAAGGCAGAGAAAAAAAGACAAGUCAGAGGCUGAUUAUGAACGAAUGAUGCUGCUGAAAAAACUGAAGAGGAAGAAAAAAAGACUAGCCAGGAUCACACUGGCCAAGACUCUGGCGAUGGUACUCGAGAGGGCGAUAUUGAAGUUCAACUCAAACAUCGAUGGAGGUGAUGAUGACGAUGAUGAAUGA